AUGCUGAAGAACUUGCCGAAAGCUCGACGCGGCAGCCAUGACAAGCGAGCCGCCCGCCGAGUGCUGCAGAGGUCGUUCGCCAUCGCUGUGAAGCCCUUUGUAGAGGCGGCCAAGGACACACUGGCUGAGUUGCUGCGUGGGGAGGUGGUGCAGGUUCGGCUGACAGAGGAGGCGACGUCGGUGCGCCAAGCGGCGCUUGAAGACGUGCUGGCUAGAUUCUUUGUAGGUUCUAGGCGGUGCAUGAUCCAUGCGGGAAGGCUCACACUGUGGCCCCUUGACAUGCGCUGCGCCGCAGAAGUGCGGUCUGACGAUCCCUUGUUGUCGGGUUGGGAUCCGACAGGUCCAGCAACGCCCAAGGCGGCGCGUAAGCUAAGCCGCAGGGUGCGACGUUUGCAGGGCGUAGAGGCGUGA